CGUACGCGGGACGCGCGGCGGCGGAGAAAUCGUCGUUCGCUGCCGAUCUAGCUGGCGCAGAAAAGUUCGUCGGGCGGCGACGAUACCGGAAGCGGCAAACGAGCGGCGUCCCAAAGCGAGCCAAUCAGGUCUCACUAUCCGAAACGACUUCCGUAUACGCUUCGCCGCUUGUCCGUGCAUUCCGAUCCCGCUCUAUCGUUCACGCCGGUCUCCCGCUUUUCGCAUUCAUGGAAUCCAAAGCGGCGCGGCUGGAAUUUAACGAGAAGUUAAUUUCGGCUGUUCAGAAGCGUGCCAUCCUGUGGGACUGCAGUCGCUAUGACUACAAAGAUCAAAGGAAGAAGGCUCAGGCGUGGGAAGAAGUUGCCGCCGAAAUAGGAUGCGACCUGCAAGAAAAAAAUCUACAGGCUAGGUGGAAGAGCCUGCGGGAUACAUUCACGAAAAAGUACCGGGUGCACAAACACGGCGCCCCGAGUGGCUCAGGUGCAAGUGACGCGAAGGGAAUCAAUGAUGCAAGCGUGAGCUGGCCUUAUUUCACCUUGCUGAAGUUCUUAAAAGAUCAGGCGGAAGUGGCCAGUACCAUAUCCAACAUUUCUCAGCCGGCUGCGACUGAAACCGCUGAGGAAGUGUUCGAGAGAUUGUACAACACUGGAGGAGCGCAGGAAGAACAGGAGGACGAGAUUUGCAGUGCCCCUACAAGCUUCGUAGAAGAAAGUAGUGUUGAGGCAAAGACGUCGAAUAGUGACGACACAGCAGCAUUACACUCCAGCUCCAUAAAACUUGUAUCAGAACCUCCGAGGAGGAGGCGAGCCCAGAAGGCAAACAGGGGUACGUGGAAACAAGAACUGGACAGAGUUGACGCCCAAAUAGUCGCUAACAGCGACAAAGGAGCCUUGUACGGACAGCUGUUGGCAGAAAAGUUUCGCUCUUGCCCUAAAAGGCUAAAGUCACAAAUGGAACUUGAACUCUUAGAUUUUUUAAAGAAAUACACGUUCGAAGAACCUCAAUAAAAACCUCAUGCAUACAGGUGUUGUGCCUAAGUUUUUGGAGGUGGCGGGAGGCCAGUAUGCGCCCACUGCCACGUCACAGCACCUUCAUUCAUGAAGUACUGCGCGAACAUGUUUCUUGUUGCCGCAGCACUCGCACUAUAGUUCCUUGACGGUGUUGCUUCCAAGUCAAGCAAGUCUCUCCUCUGGAUUUCAG